AAAAAUACCAGACUUUGAGUACGAUGGUCUGGCUGACACAGAGGUGGCGCGAUGAGUAUCUGAUGUGGGAGCCCCGAGCCUACAACAACCUUACAGUUCUUCGUAUACCCGCAAGCAAGAUAUGGCUGCCAGAUACUGUUCUCUAUAACACUCGCCAAUCGAACAACGACCAGCUCAUGACAGUGGAGACGUUGACCAUUGUCAAAAGCGACGGUUCCGUUGACUGGAGUGCCCCCCUCACCAUGAUCAGCGAAUGCAGUAUCAAUGUGUACUACUACCCGUUUGACCAGCAGGAGUGCGCCCUCAAGAUGGGGUCGUGGCAACAUGAUAGGAAGUUCAUCGACUAUCUAGAUGGAACUGCUGAUUCGGCCACCGAGCAGCGUAAUGGAGAGUGGGACACAACGAGUAUCAAAGCUCAUAGCAACAUCAAGGUGUACUCCUGCUGUCCCGAUAAAGAGUACCCUGAUGUCACCUUUACCAUCAACAUCAGUCGGAAGCCUCUGUUCUAUGUCGUCAACCUGAUCGUCCCAUGCGUCAUGAUCUCGAUGAUGUCAGUGCUGGAGUUCAUCCUCCCCUGCAACUCUGGGGAGAAGGUGUCUUUGGGUAUCACGGUUCUCCUUUCCCUUACAGUCUUCAUGCUGGUGAUCGCAGAGAACAUGCCGGCCACCAGUGAUAAUAUUCCAGUUCUAGCCCGGUACUACAUCAUCACGAUAUUCCUGGUGUCGUUUAGUACAGUCAUGACUGUUCUGGUCCUCAGCCUACACCAUCGCCGCUCUCCUGUACCUCGAUGGGUGCGCCAUGUGUUCCUACGUGUCCUCAGCAGUAUGCUCUGUAUGAGGGUCGAAUCGUCCAAGAACUCAACAGGAAGUCUCUACGAUCGACCCACUGGUCCUGCUGGUGUCCACAGCACGGGGAUCCACUUCGAGCUUAUCAGCAAUAACGAAUCCCUCUCCGCUUCGGCGACGGACUACGCCCUCAAAGAAGAGACACUGCUUGGGUCUGGAGACAUCUGUAAUGACCUUGACAGCGGUGGGCUGCAUGGCCGAUCGGGAGGUACGACAGGACUCGGAGCAGGUGGUGGAGGUCGUGGGAAUGGAAGAGGGGAUAGUGGAGGGGGGCAUCGUCAGUAUAGCUGGAAGGAUCGUUCUUUCAGGGACAUCCAGAACAACGUAAAGUUUCUUGCCAGUCGGUACGCUGAUAGAGAUCAGGACGAACAGAUUACAUCGGAUUGGCAGAAUGUGGCAAGAGUGGUGGACCGCUUCUUCCUGAUCAUCUACAUCGUGUGUGUAAUCCUCAUGGAUGUUGUGAUGGUUCUUCAGGUCAACUAGCACUUUUGGUUCUCGAGGACUAGCAACAAGGAUGUGAAAAGGAACGUUCA